GGGCACAUCGUGCUUCUUGGGGCUCAUGGCCGUUGGGGUGUGUAUAAAUGUCUCUCUCGCUGUGUGAACAACAAGAACAACAACAACAAGAACCAUCAGCCCAAGUGACACCCUCUCCCCUCUCUCUGCGGUCCCCCCCGCUCAGAGCUUAGAAACCAACAAGGUCGCUUUUAUCAGCGCCCCAGUUGGAUAGCAGCGGUCUCCUUUUGGUCACAUCCUCCUUUUCCCAUUAGCUAGCAGAUCCUCAACAACGUUUCACGAUAGACAACACAUACUAUCGCAAACCGUGCGAUCACAGCGAGCUUGCAUCCGGCACGCGGUCCUGUCUUUUGAUGAACGCUUAGGAGCCUACGAGCAGGGCUGGGUGAAAGUGGACUCCAUUGCUUUCACCUGAAGAGUCUUUGUGUCUGUCAUUGUCUUCUGGCUAAUGUCAGCCCAUCCAUCCUCACGAGACUUCUGCAUUCAUGGCUGCCAUGUACGCGGCCAACUUUGAACAUUUGCUUCAACUUCAACAGCAGCAGCAGCUGCAACAACAACAACAACAACAACAACAACAACAACAACAACAACAACAACAACAACAACAACAACAACAACAACAACAACAACAACAACAACAACUUCAACAACAGCAACAACAGCAACAGCAGCAACAGCAGCCUUCCUCUUCUGCCUCAGAUCGGUCAGCUGCAGCCCAUAGCCAAUAUCCAGGCUUGUCCUCUUCCUCACAUCUAAUUGCCGAAGGCUCUGAUGAAUUCGGAGCCGCAACCACUUCAGCAUUGAGCGAGCCCCAGCUUAAUAAUCCUUCCAACUUCACUACGGCCAUGCCCGGACCCACCGCCAUGAAUGGUGGUUUGGGUAUGAAUCCUUCUGGCCUCAACAACGCUCUCCUGGCGCUGUUAGCUAAUAACCCAGGACUUGGCAACUUGUCUGGCCUACCUUCUUCUUUGGCACUCAAUCUUCAGGCUCAGGCGCAAGCACAAGCUCAGGCCCAGGCGCAAGUCCAGCAAGUCCAGCAAGCUCAGCAAGCUCAUAGUCAAAAUCCGAUGCACUUGCAAUCCCAAACAUCAGGCCAAGUUCAACCUCAAGGGCCUAACCAUCCUCUCAGUGGCAUUCAAGCUGGUCAUGCUGCGGAUGCAUCAACCAUGUCCGGCUUGCCAUUUAGCUCCUCAAUGUUAUUCCCUCAGCAUCUCUGGCCAAGCCUCAGCUCAUCUGCCUCUGGACCAACAUCAGCCAGCGGUGCCGACUUUGCCCCGGGCGCAGCUACAACAAAUAGCACUGCCGCUCUGGCAGCCGCCGCCGCCGCCGCAGCAGCAGCAGCAGCCAAUGGUACGGCGGGACUCAAUCCGUUUCAGCAGUUGGGCAUGCAAGCCAUGCAGUCAGCAUCCUCCCAGAAUAGCUCGGGUUUGCCCUCGAAUUUGGCACGGGGCCCCUCUGGAGCAUUGAGUGUGCUUGGUGGACCUCUCAAGGGCAUGGUCGGAGGCAUGAUGCCUGGAUCAAGUAAUAGUGCUACGCCAGCGACCGGCGCAUCUGGCAAUGGUGCAGUCAUGUCUCAGGCCUCCUCUCUAAACAUGCCCUAUCAAGGCCUAGCAUGGCCUACCAAUGGGCCAUCGUCGGCUCUUGUCAAUUCCUUGUGGGGCUCUGCAGGGGCACCUUCGAGCAUGACUUCCAGCAACGGAAGCGGCCCCAUGCAGAAUCCCAUGGACCUCUUGCGUCAGCAACUACAGCUUCAACAGCUGCUUCAGAACGGAUCUUUGUUUCCGAGCAACUCAGGCUCUGGUGGACCGAUGAACGGUGAUGCUUUUGGUGCCGUGGCUGCUUUGGGUCAUGCCACCAAUUCCACGGCCCCAGCCUCGGUGCAAUCUUCUACGCUAGGGUCCUUGCCCAUGGUCCCUGGCGAGUCGGACGAGCGGGAUCAACGUCGCCGGGAGCGAAAUCGUCAAAAGUCGGUGCGCUACCGUCGCCGCAAGCGCAUGCGUCUUGAGAAUCUAGUCGAGGUAGCGCAUGAUUUGCAUCAACAUUGUCAGAAGCAGCACGAGCAGCUGCGUACGGCCUUAGCGCAACAGGGCGGGCCUGUCAAGUUGCCCGCUCUGCAGACAGAGUCGACACCGUCUGCGGGUGCCCACCAGCCCGUGGAUGGAGGCAGCAAAGGCACGGAGGACACUGUGAAUCAUCAAAAGCAAAAGCCUCGUCUGAGUGAAUCAGAUGCCAGUAUCGACUUGGCUGGAACCGCUGACGGAGAGGAUGAUGGUACUGAUGACUUGCCCGAGCUGUCUUUGUCCGUUCCCAAGACCGAAGCAGCUGCUCUGGCAGCGUAUCAAGAACGCAUGUCUAUCAUCCAGGGCUCCUUUGAAGAACCAUACACCAAAGUCUCUCUUCCGGCUCGCCUCGAGGCGUGGGAAGCG